AGCUGUUGCCAUCUAGCGUUCGAAAGAAGAGGUACGAAACUUGUCCAAUCGCAGGCCAAUAGUAUGGAACGGAGUCAACCAAUCAUAUUCAGAUAAUUAUUGCAUGCAAUGGUGGCUGUGUAUCUCAUAUGUAGAGUGAGCGGUUAGUCUGUUGAUGUUUGUUUCGUCAUUCCGUUAAUACGCUUUCGGAAAGCAAAAGCUUGCACUGUAAGCUAUGUAGUAAACUCCUCGUAAUGUAACGUGUGGGUAAUGAUAACCAAUAGUUCAGGAAACAAGCUCAAGGCUUCUAAAAGCGCUAGAGAUUCAGAAGAUAGCAAAGAUUUUGAAGUUGAAAACAAGUGCAGCAGGGUUUUGGAUAAGGAUAGUGAGAAAGAGAAAGUGAUAAAUAUUGCGGGUGACAAAACUCAACGUAACUCGCUACCUACGAUUGUAAUUUGCCAGAGGGAUAAAGGUGACAGGCUUAAUAAGCAACGACCUCGCGGCGCGAGAGAUGAAUCUCGAAUGGCUCGAGGAGCAGCUGAUGGAAGAAGUUCAAAUUUCCGAGGCAGGGGAGCCGCAGCUUCCAGAAAAGUGGAAAGAGCCGGCGACUCUGGAUACGUUUCUCGACGAAGAUUUCAAGAACCGUUGAACAAGACUUCAUCUUCAGACAGUGGAUUUUCUGCUUCAUCCAAAUAUUACAAUGAUUCUGCAUCAGCCAAAUAUUACAACGACACAGACAGCAACAAAUCGAGAUUGGAGGACUCGAGAAUCUCGAAGUUGCUACGCCUGUUAUGUAGAGAAGAUGACAAAGGGAAGUUCCUUGCUCUCUGUAAACAGUUGCAGGAGUCCUUGAUGGCACCUGAAAAUGGGAGAUAUAUUCGCCGAUCUCUUGACUUGAUCAUGGAGUCACUGUUGGACACGCUGCACAGUGGACCAGGAUCAGAGGCAAAACUUCAUGCAGCUAAGUGCCUAGGCCGUGUUGGUUAUGUGCUAGACCAAGAUUUUAAAAGGUAUCUGGACUGGGUGUUCCAAACAUACCAGAAUGAGAGAAAUGAGGAUGUGAAAUUACUUUUAAUGAAAGCUGUUUUAGAGACACUGAAACUGGAUACGGAGACAUUAAAAUUGAAAGAUUUUGCAAGUGUAUUAAUGGCACAGCUGCAGAACACACUUGAGUACGCAGAUUCUCCUGAAUUCCUUAUAAAUACUGUUGAUGUUAUACUGAAGCUAAUUGAUCUCUACCCGGAAGUUUUUACUAAACAUUUUAGGGACACUGUAGAUAUAUUAGUCGGUUGGCAUAUUGACACUGCCCAGAAGCGUCAUGUGAUAGAGUAUGCAUCUGAAAGCCUUCAGAGGUUAGCACAAUUCUGGGUAGCCGAUCUACAGUUCUCGACAACCCUUCUAACACAAUUUCUUGAAGAUAUGGAGAGUUACAAUGAAGAAAUGAUACUUCCUCUCUCUGGACGUUCUUCUCCUGCUGAUGGGGAACAGCCGAUGACUCCAGAGCAGUGUGUUGCAAAAAUUACCUCACUUAUCAAGGUGUUCAAUACGGUCAUGAAGUGCUUAGGUGAACAACUAAAUCCUAAUGUCUCACCAACAAUUGCUUGGAAUUUCCUAAUAAAUUGCUUCACAAAAAUGCUUCAUACAGUUGUAAAUGUACUUCAGAUGUUCUCAAAUCAGGAUCUUAUUGUAUCAGGAAAUGAAAGCACGUGUUUGCUGUUGUCAUAUUUGCAGUCGAGAACAUCUUCUGGAAAUGAACUCUUAUAUAGUCUCAUUGAUAGACAACUUGGACUUGCAUGUCAGUUUGAUGAUGAAACCACAAUAUCCAUGCUGAAAAUGAUAUCUAAGGUUGUGAGGGAGGUGAGUGCUAAUCUCCCUGUAGAACUUGUUCAGAAGUUGUUGGGACCAUCAUCAUAUCUUCUGGAGCUGCGUUUUUCACCUUCAUUACUUAUCCAGAAGGAAGUAAUAGGAAUUCAUCAUAGCUUAUUGAAUUUGAAAAAUAUUCCUCUCUUACAGGAGGCAUACAGAUAUGUCUUGGGAGAUCUGGAGAGAGCAUACAAAAUGAUUGUUCCCACUAUAGAAGAUUUUUGUCUGGCAAACCCUCACAGUGACACAGUCUAUAAUGAGAAGGAUGUUAAAUUCAUUGUCAUGUUCCACCUAUCUGCAUUAGCUGAUCUAGCAAAUGCAAGUAACUCUAUAAUUGGCAUGUGGGCUCUAAAGCCAAGUAUUUUAGAAUUACUGGCAGUGAAGUUGGAACCGUACAGUGACAAGCUCACUCUGUGCUGCCCAGCUCUACAGUACUCACUUUUGUAUCUAUUAUACAGUCACUGUUCAAGAUACAACCACUUCGUGUCGAGUAGUGGCCUGAUUAGUGCUAGUCAGGGUAGAGCAACUGUCUGCGACAUUUUGGGACUUCCAGUGACAUUGGGACAUGAAGUUCCUACUGCUUCACCGACUAGUGGACACUUAUCAAUAAUUCUGCAUCUCCUAUCAAAAAUGCUUUCUCAGGAAACAGCAGAAGAAAUUCUACUUCUUGUCUUGGUUUGGACAAGGGAACUGUUGCUGCAGGCUCAGCCCUAUCUUGGAAUGUUGCACAAAACACAGGAAUUUCUGUCUUUCAUUUGGGCACUUGUGAAAGUGGGUUUUAUGGAUAAUGUUAACGUUGUGCUGUGUGUCCUGGAGAACAUUGAACAGUUCUUGUCAUCAGGAAAUUUACCUUGGCAGGCAGAAUUGUUAUCAGCAAUUGCUAAACUAUGUAUGCUACACUUGAAUUCUUCAUGUGCACUAGUGGUGCAGAAAGUGUGUCAUCUUCUUACUAUGCUGCCAUGGCAUGUCACAGUAAAUAAAUUUUCAGAGCCUGUGAAACUUAAGAAAAAACAAGAAUAUGCAGCAAGUAGCUUCACACUAGAAUCUUUAACAGCAGCACAAAGACAUCAUAUAGCAAGAGGAAUCUGUGGAGAAAUGCAAUCACAGCAGUUUAGAAAACUCAUGGCUUACCUUCUUCAAGGAACUGAACACAGUGAUAUUGACUGGCUGAGGAACGCUUUUUGCAUUUGCUGGCCAUUGAAGUCGUCAGAUGACAAUAAAUUUGUUAACCGAUUCAGGAAGAUGGCUAUGUCAUCAGAUACUGUUCUGUUGCUAUGGUCUGUAUGGGAAGCUGCACAUUUCUGUGUCAUCAAUAAGCUGAGAACACCUCUGGGGAAGCCUCAGGACACUUUCACGAGCAUAGAAGGUGCCAUAAAAAGUUUGGCCCGUGAACUGAGCAGUGAUGAUGCUGCUCCAGAAGACUGGGCAAUCAGUUUGAGGGAACAACGUAGAGUCCGUUUGCUACUUGAAUUUGUUGAAUUUCUUGAGAAAGCUACUCACAAUGCUGCUGAUGGAUGUGCUACAGCAAUGAUGCCAUUACCAAAGCCUGUACGCACAUUCUUCCACACAAAUAGAAGCACAUGUGGAGAGUGGCUCACACGUAUACGAACUGCUGUAGUGAUUGUUGCACUCCAUGCUGGACAUGCUACUAUUGCUGUACGACACGGACAGAGGUUAUUGCAGGAUCUGGCAGAAGCAGGCAAUACCCAGGGUUCAGAGUUUGAAAGAGCUAUUAUGUAUGUGUGUUGGGCACUGUGCAAGCUGCAUGAACCUGAGGCAAUUCAAGGACUCUACGCUUGGAGCAAGGAAAUUGCUGGAAGAAAAUUUCUGUGGCUUAAAGCAGCUGCAGAGCAAGCAGCUAGGAAGUGUGAGAUAGCAGCAGAAAACUUUGCAAAGUUGGUGAUUCAAGAGUGUACAUCACCACAGGAUUCUCCUACACACAAUAAUGAAGAAUCUAGAGAAAGCUCUUCUCCAAGUCCUGUGAAACAGAUAUUGAGGUCAGAGAUGGAGCAUCACAUUUUAGGCUUCAUGGCAGACCAGGUGACUGAAAGCUACUUGGCAGUAAACAGUUGGGAUGAUUUGAUAAAGUGGAAAGAAAAGGAAGCAGAGUUAUGGGGCAAUCAGAAUGGUGGUACUCCACAAAAAUAUUUAUUGAAUCGUGUUACACUUUCUCAAGCCAAAGCUUUAGCAGCAUUUGACCGUGACGAACUUCCUGGUGCAUCUGAAUUGGAAAAGUGGCCUAGUAUUUGGGCUGGCGAGUCGACACACCAUGCUAAAAAUUGGAGCAGUUACAGACUGCUUGGGGAAGCCAAUAAUGCUCUCAUGGGUAUUGCGUUAGAGAUGUCACAACAGGAUAAGGAUGAAACUACUCGGUUGGUGGAAUGGGGAGAAAAAAUUGAAGAUUGUCUGAAAGUGGCUCAAUUCCAUCUCCAGGAGGGCAUUCGCCACUCUCCUUCAGAAUUUAUACAAGAGGCAACGCUACUGCAUUGUGCUGCUUCAGCCCUGAGAGAUAAUUUUAAUGGCCACUCAGCUGUAAAUACAUUUAAAAUGACUUGUAGUGAUGAGAGUCUGGAGAAGACUAAUUCUUGGGCCCUUUGUCGUGCUUUAUGGUGGGCACAUACAUUGGAGCAACUUGAUGUAAAUGACGGUACAAAUCCAGAUGAUACAGGAAAUUUUGAAGUGUUAAACCAAAUGCGACUGACAGCUGCUCGUGUUGCUCGCAAGGAGGGCAACUUAGCAUUGGCUCAGAGAUUGUUAAUUGAGCAUGCAGCACACAGGUGGCAAAUAUUGACAAACCAUGAUAGUGGUGGAUUGUUGGAGAUAGCUUGCCGUGUUGCUGCUGACUCGGAUUUGCCUUGGGAUGCUGAAAAAGCUCGUGCAUGUUCUGAAAUAGCAAAAUUAUUGUACAGCUGUGAUCAACGUGAGGAAGCCUUAAAUGUGUGUGUGAUAGCAGCACAGCAACAGCCUUUGCCAAGAACAGAAGGGGCUGAAAGAACAGCACGUAUUCUUCUCACAUUUGCCAAAUGGCUCCAGGAAGGUCACUCAGUAAUGGACAACACUCGUGAUUCCAUAUUGCAGUUACUAGCGUGUCAGCUGGGACCAAUUCCAAUUGGACCUCAUGGUGUAGACUUACAAAAUUGCAGCACAGUGCUGCAGAAUGGCACUCAAGUAGUACCAGCAGCAGAGACAGUUGUGGGACAACUACUCCAGCUAAGUGUGUCCGUAUGUCCUACAUUGGCAAAAGCGUGGGGACAGCUCGGAGCGUGGUGUUACCGUUGGGGACGGCGAGCAGUCGACAUUGCUGGGAGAGCUGGUGGGGGACAACUCGGAGAAGCUGACAGGCUGGCAGUGCAAGCUCUUGUUCCCUCUGGUAUUGCAGGGCAUGACCUCGACAGAGUUUACUCUAUCCUAGGUCAGACACGCGCCCUUGCAGAUGAAGAGGAUAUUGAGGCAGAAGAUUACAACACUUCAGAGAUGAUAGAAUCUCAGUUGCAAAAUGUGAGAGUCUUAUCAAGCACACCAAGUGAGAAUCUUACAUGUCUAGUGGAUAUCUGGAGGAAUGCACAGAAGCGUGUUUAUGCUUAUUAUGAAUUAUCUGCGAUGGCAUAUUUCAGAUAUUUAGAACUGUGUGGUGACAAAGAGGAUGCAGACUGUUCCACUAUUACAAUAACACUGAGACUUUUGCGACUGAUAGUGAAACACGCACUGGAGCUGCAGGCUGUGUUGGAGACGGGACUUGCUUCGACACCUACCCGCCCUUGGAAAGGCAUAAUUCCGCAGCUUUUCUCCCGCCUCAAUCACCCUGAGCCGUAUGUGCGGCGUCGCUUGUCUGAGUUGCUGUGCCGUGUGGCGGAAGAUGCUCCACACCUCAUCACAUUUCCUGCUGUUGUUGGCGCAUCUGCUGGUGGUGCACGCAUAAGAAACAUGGACGUUGCUGCGUCAACAGCUAAACUAUUUGGAACCAGUCUUUCUCAGCCAGUAGAUGAAAAUGUAGUUGAAGAGGAUGAGGAAGAAGAGGAAGAUGAUGAGGAUGAUGACGAUGAUAUUGUCAAUGAAGAUGAAACGCAGGCUUCAGUGUUAAGAAACUGUUUUUUGGCUAUGGUUGAUACAUUAUCUAAGCAGGCACCUGAAGCAAUAUCACAGGUACAGCUACUUGUUCAAGAACUUCGGCGCAUAACGCUGUUGUGGGAUGAACUUUGGCUCGGCACACUAAGCCAACAUCACACAGAAAUUUCGCGCCGUUUGCAGCAGCUUGAGGUGGAAGUACACAGAGUUGACAACAAUCCUGCAUUGGACCGUGCAGAGCGCGAUAGACUGAUCGCUGAGAAACAUCGCAUUGUUCUUAAACCUCUAGUUUUUGUUUUGGAGCAGCUUCACUCCAUCACUUCUGUACCACCAGAGACACCACAUGAAAGGUGGUUUCAGGAGAAGUUUGGUAAACACAUUUCAGCAGCCCUUACCAGCCUAAAAGAACCAUCUAAUCCUAGAAGACCAAAUGAGUCAUGGGCACCCAUGAAACAACUUCAAGCUAAACUUCAGCAACGUGUUCAGAAACGUGCAGCAUACAGUCUGCGAAUGUCAGACAUCAGCCCAUCACUUGCAUCAUUGAAAAACACUCUGAUUGCUAUGCCAGGAGUUACGCCACGAGCUGGCACAAUAAUAAACAUUGCUUCUGUUGAUAAUAAUAUUGCUAUACUUCCCACAAAAACAAAGCCAAAGAAGUUGGUUUUCCAUGGAAGUAAUGGACAAAUGUACACAUAUCUGUUCAAAGGCCUUGAGGACCUGCACUUAGAUGAAAGAAUCAUGCAAUUCCUUAGUAUUGCGAACACUAUGAUGCGCCAAGGCCGUCAGCCAGAUAUGUAUUACGCACGCCAUUAUUCAGUCAUUCCAUUGGGACCACGUAGUGGGCUAAUAAGUUGGGUUGAUGGAGCAACCCCUCUCUUUGGGUUAUACAAACGCUGGCAGCAAAGAGAGGCAGCGGCAGCUUCACUGAAGACCCAAUCUUCUUCUACUGCCACAUCAAACACUGCUCCAGGACAAAUUAUGCGUCCAUCAGAACUGUUUUACAAAAAGCUUACGCCACUGCUAAAGGAAAAGGGAAUUGCUUUGGAGAACAGGAAAGAAUGGCCACCAGCAGUCCUCCAGCAAGUACUGACUGAGCUUAUUGAAGAAACUCCAAAGGACCUUCUCUUCAAAGAGCUGUGGUGCAAUAGUCUUAAUGCUGGUGCUUGGUGGCAGACUACUCGCACUUAUUCAUACUCUGUUGCAGUGAUGUCAGUUAUUGGAUACAUAAUAGGACUAGGAGAUAGACAUCUCGACAAUGUCCUUGUUGAUCUUUCUACUGGAGAGGUGGUGCACAUUGAUUACAAUGUUUGUUUUGAAAAAGGGAAAACAUUAAGAGUGCCAGAAAAUGUACCAUUCCGUAUGACUUCAAAUAUUCGUACAGCUCUUGGUGUAACUGGAGUUGAGGGCAUUUUCAGACUUGCCUGUGAGAAUGUGCUCAAAAUAAUGAAGAGAGGUCGAGAAACACUUCUAACACUCUUGGAAGCUUUUGUGUAUGAUCCUUUGAUUGACUGGACACCUGGAAAUGAAGCUGGUUACACAGGAGCUGUUUAUGGUGGAGGCCAGGCAGUAACAAUGGAGACUAGGCAGAGCCGCAAAGAACUGGAACGUGAGGUCACUUACGCCAUGUUCAAUGUCCGUGUCGCAGAGAUGCAAGCAGAUUGGUUCAAGAACAGGGAUGAGAUUCAAAAUGCAUUGCCUGAAGUAAAGGAGCUUUUGUUAAAAUGGUUGGAACAGCAGGCGUCAAUGAGAGUGUCUUGUGAGGCACUACAGGACUCUCACCAGCUCAUGGCAUUGGUGAAGGAAGCCGAAUCACAGCCCACACACCCUCUCUACUCGCUUGCCACACGCCACUCUGCACAUCGCCGGGUACAGGAUGCACUGUCGGCUACACGUGCUGCACUACAGGAGCGCCUCGAAGAGUGUGACAAGCAUUUAACUAUGCACAAGAAUGCACUGGCUUGUGUCCAUGGAACACAGAUACAGCAGUGGUUGACACAGUUAAAUCAGGAGUCUGAAAAGGAUUAUCACCUUGUUUUUGAUCUGGUCAAAGAAUUUCUCCAGAAUGCUGGACAGAGUCAAAUGAUAGUUCAGUGUGAACAAUCUGAAAGUGAAUUAGGAAGUCUAGCUAAGCAACAGACAGCAAUGAUGCGCAGUUGCUUGGACUUGUUGAGCCACUAUGGAACUGUGACAAGUCUUUACCCAGUCUCGUACCUCAGUAGCCAUCGUUCAGCCUGCUAUCGUAGAUGGCUAACUGCCCUACUCCAAGAUCUGACCUUGGACAGGUGCAAUGAAGUUGCCGAGCAGUUCAGAGCUACAUUCUCUGCUGAUGUGGUUGCUGCCAGCAGUUCACACGCAAUGUCACAAGCAUUCCAGCUACAAGCCGCUCUGAGCGAAGCGAACAGUAGGCUACAGGAAUCUUUUGAACGUGUCUCAACGACGGAAGGUCUGCCUGAGCCCCAAUUGGAAGCGCAAUACAUAGAUGCCUGCACAUCUGUCAGUACUUUCCUUCACACAGAGCCUGGUGCUGCACCGGCAUUGGAAUGUGUGUGCAUAACUGCUCUUUGUGCACUAAACAAAAGAUACCUUAUGAUGGAAGCAGCUGCUGCCAGUGCUGGAGACUGCUUGGUUGACUUGACAUCACGGGAUGGUGACUGGUUUCUGGAUGAAAUGUAUCUAGUCAGCAGUCUUGUAACAGAGCUUACAGCAGUUUUACCAUCACAACCAGAUCCUACUGUGCAAAUCGUUCUGCAGUGUUUAAAAUCAGCCAACAAUAUUUUUAAGGGUCUACAGGAGCUGAACUUCAAUUUUCAUACAAUUAUUCUUCCAGAAGCAUUAAAGACAAUUCAAACAGAAGACCCAACUGUUCUGAACAUGAUAUGUGAGCUAAAUGACAUUAUUGCUAGUGUGGGCAUUCCUCUGCAUGAUAUAUUAGCACAGCUGGAGAUACAUCUUCGUUACAUAAUAAUGGAAAUGGAUUCUCCACAUGGUGUAUCUCGGGAGCUUGUGGCACAGUUGCGGGCAAGGUUUGAGGGGAUGCUUCUACGUCCAGCAAAUAUGGCGCAGCCAUCUGUAUUGGAGGCCAAUAAUGAAGAUGCUCUUGCACCCGGCCUCAUGCUGCUAAUGGGUUUCAAUGGACUGUUUGAGAAAUUACAACUUGAUGGAAAUGCCUUAGUUGCUACAUUGGAAACAUUGGAUACCCCUGUAUCCUGGCGAAAGGUGGAUCAGAUUAGAGAUGCAAAAGCUAUGUCUGCCCCUGUGUUUAAAGAACAGGCACGUGCCGUGCUGGAAGACGUGUUUCUGGUGAAACGUUUGCAGACUAUGCAAGAGUUCUUUUCACUGUGUGGCCAGACAACUGCUAAUGGUGGUAGCAUGCCACACGAUGACGAUUGUCUCAGCAAACCUGUUCGUCGCUUCACUGCGGACUAUGUAGGACGACAACUUCUUGGAGUUGCAUCUCAGACAUUGGCAAUAACAUUAUGCCUAUUGCUUCAGCGUAUUGGUCUCAACGUAUCAGGUGAAGUGGAGCAACGGGACAUUGGAGCAGAGAGCAAAGUGUCAUUGGAGGAGCUGUGUCGCAAGGCUGUGGAAGCUGCUCUGAAAAGAGGUUUGGUGGGAGGUAACACACUAGCCCAGGCAUCGAGUUUAACAAGUUCACUGGAGGCAGCUUGGCGGCGGCGGGAAGUUGCCAGACAUUUGCAGCGCGACAUCGAGGCAAGAAGGUCAACGCUGCGCAGGCUGCAGUUGCAGGCUACGGCACAUGCUUGGCUGCACGAAGAUGCACUUGCUCAGACAUCACCACAGCUAAGCCGUUCAAGUUUUAUGUUGGAGCUACGCAAGGCAUCUUCAGCACUCCUGGCAUUACAGACAAGGCUGACAGAGGCUCGUGAGCAACAGAAUACCUUGGUGGCCAGUGUAGAGCAAAGACUGAAAUGGGCAGCAGGUGCUAACCCUGCAUUAGCUGAAGUGCUGGCAGCAUUUGGUAAAGCAGUAGCAGCUGCCAAUGAACGUAUGGCACAAGACCAACGUCUUGCAUCGCUGAUAGGUUCAACUUGCAAUGCUCUGCUGCAUCAUGAAGCUCUCCGUACUCGAACAUCAGAAGCAGUCUCACAGGAUGCUGCUUUCCUGCAGCUGCUAGAGCAAUGUGAGAAAAGUUGUAUGCUGGCAGCUAGCUGUAAUCAAACAAUUACACCAGCAGAAGAGAACUUGGUGCAGUUGCUUCCUCCAGCAGGGCCUGUGGACCAGGCAUGGAUUCAGGAUAUUGAGAUAUGUAUUUCAGAUAAGGCAAAGUCAUUGCAGGAACAGAUAAGCCUUCUUCAGGAAACUGUUCUUAAAACUCAAGAGACAGUAAAAGGAAAACUUCUAUCAGUUAGGGAACUUCAAACAGUCCACCUGAAACUAAUGCAGGAUGUCCGUAGUUUAAUGAGGUCAAUGACAAAGUUUGAUGAUUGCCCUCUGGUUGGUUUAAAUGACUAUUUGGCAAAUUAUCGAUAUUUUUUGGAGCAGUUCACUAAUUUUGUAAAGGAUUUAUCAAAAGAAGAUUUCACUGUUGAGAGAGUUUUGCAAGCAAAAGAAGAAAUUGACUACUUUGGAGAGAAAAUAGGAAAAGUGUAUGGGCAGUUAGUUGAGUUUUCAAAACAACUGAAGCCUGGUGGCCAGGAAGCAAAGCCUCGGAGGCCUCCACUGAUGAGGCAAGAGAGCUUGUGCUUUUCUCCCCAGAGAGGCAUACCACAAGCUCCAACUAAUCACAGGCGUGAUCCAAACACAGGCAAAGCUGUCCAAGAAAGAAAUGCAUAUGCAUUGGGAGUCUGGCGUAGAGUACGUAUGAAACUGGAAGGUAGAGAUCCUGACCCUAACAAGAGAGCCUCUGUUCAAGAACAGGUUGAUUAUGUAAUUCGAGAAGCAAUGUGCCUUAAGAACUUGGCUCUGCUAUACGAGGGCUGGACGCCUUGGGUUUGAAGAAAUACAAGGGAAUGGGCAGGUUCAGUCCACUGGAAGAUGUAAUCUUCCGCACGUCGCCCCCCAGCUGGCGGGAAGAUACCGUGGAGGGGGGGGCACUCGAAGGCAAAGUUGCUUUCCAUAAGACUACGGUCUCAACUUUAAAAAUAAAAGCAACAGUUACUUUCUCCCUCCCUCCUUAUCAGCUGCUGUAACUUACUCAUUUCACAGUAAAUUGUGACAUGGCUGUCAUUUUAUCAGUACUCUGGCUUGCGUGAACGCUCGCAAUUCAAGGGAGGUAAUGUAAUGUGUUUUAAUGAAAUUUUCCGAUGUAUUACAUGAAGUAGCUUUCAACAUAAUCAUUAUUGAUCCUUUCGGGAAAAAAAGAAUUAAAAUCUUAAACUUAUUUUGUAAUGUUUCUCAUUGUUCAUAAAGAAGGUAUUUUAUUUCUCUCUUACAGAGUAUUCGGGAUUACGAUUUUAUAUGCUUUAGGAUUGUGAAAACAGAAUUGUUACUUGAAUAGUUCAAAAUCAUAUCUCCUGUCAUAUGAAUCAAUUUGUUUUAGUAUUUACAUCACAUUGCUUCCUUUUUAUUAAUAGUGAUUCAUGGGAACAUGUCUCUAAUAGUUACUUGUUUUCCAUGUCACAGUAAAACAGCUUAAAUUGUAAUGUGGGUUUUGAGUAAGAUAAGUAACAACACGCAUUAUAUGUAAGAGGCUGAGUUCGAAAACUCAGUAGGAUAGGAGGGAGGGGCUUCAUGAGAAACUUCUGGCAGUGAAGCCUAAAAAAUUUGAAGUUUCAUACAUUAUAAGCAGCAGUACACACACUUCAGCAGCAACAACUGCACGAACCUGGCACACCUGUUUUUCAGUUUCGUAUUUCGUCGCAGACUUAUGAGUAAUUAAUAACUUGAGUAAUAAGCAGCAUUACUUUCUCAAGUUGUGAUUCAGUUUUGUUUUAACAUAUAAUAGGAAACAUUGUGGAUGUUUUAUGAGAACAUUAGGAAAAUUAAUAAGAAGUUUUUGGUGGCGGACCAGACGUGUAUCAGUUGUUGUAAUUGAGAGCUGCUCAAUAUGUACCACAUGCUUGCAUGUUGCAUUCUUUGUGGUACAAAACACAAGUCUUAGCAUGGGAGAAAAUUGUCUUUUGCAAGUAUAUCAGACAAAUAAAAGGUAACCAACCAUGACUUGUGUAUUUCUUUGUACAUCCAGUGUUAAGUUUAUUAUUUGACUGUGAAAGUGUAACAUCUAUUCAGAAAAUAGUUUAUUCUGACAGUGGUAAUCAAUUUUAUUUUUCACUUUUAUAUGUUGCUGAUUACCAUUGAACGCUCUUCACAAUUUUAAGUCGAACAAAAUGAUAUAUUUUAAUGAAGUUAGUUCUGCAACUGAAUAUGAUUUUUUCCUUACUCGUUAAUUGUGUACUGUGAACUUUAUUGUAUAGUGGAUCAUUACUAAUGUUUUUGAACAAAAUUACACCAGCAGUCACUGACUCAAAGUUACGUAACUAUGUUUUUUUUUAAUUUUUGUUUUUGCUUUGUACAGAAUAAUGAAACAUUUCAUCUUUACAAGCAGUAAACCUUUGAAGAACUUCAGGUUGUAUGGAUUAUUAAAAAUCGUAACACUUUUAAAAAUUGGUUUAUAUAUAAAUUAUUACAUGCUGUCAGUAUAGUAAGAUCAAAAUCUGAAAUAUCACAUGAAGAAAGAUGAAAAUGUAUUCUUGUGUUGCUCUAUAGAAGUAUAGAUUCAGAUUUCUGUUGGGCAUCUCUGUAAGCUCAACGAAUUUACGCAUAUGAAAUGCUUGUCACAACCUGUUUUAAAUAUUUUGUGCUAAAACAUUAUAAUUUUCCCUAUUUCCGUUCAGCAAUGUUAGUUUCCAAUAUUUUGUUCUCACCAGGAAUGAAUUCAAAAUUAAGGGCAAGUGCCACUUAAAAGCUUCAAUUAUACAAGAUUCGUAUUUCCCUCAUUCUUUAUCUUUUCCCAUCCACAAAUAAAACUUUCAUUUUCCUAGUUGUACUGCAAUUUAUCUUUUUGUUUAUCUUUUUGCCAAGAAGUAUUGCAAGCAGAUUAAAUUGGUUAGUUAUGUGUGUAUAUGUUGUGGGAGGUAAACAAACUUCCAGUGAAAUGGGUAUUGUAUGCCAGCAGUGUUGGUCCAUCAGGUUGUAUGAUGUACAGAAUAAUAUUGGUAAUGAUGCUUGAAUAUAUACUGUUAAUUCUUAUUCUCCACUCUAAUAAAAUAAUCAUCUCAAAAAUGUA